CCCCCCCUCUUCUCCAUCAAUCGAACGGUCGAACAGUUUUACCUGGGAGGAGCCAUUCCAAGGCUUACAUGUGCUUCAAGGUGGCGAGCCCGCACGAGUUCGAGGAGUCCGCGCCGGCAGAAGAAGGGCCGGCGCCGGAGAUGGCGGCCAGGAUGCUCUCACCUUAUAGCCAAGAGAAGGAGAUGUCGUUGAUGGUGGCGGCCUUGACGCAAGUCGUCGCUGGGGAUGGAGCAGCCGUAGUCGGUUCGCCUUCGUACACCUCCUCGUCUUCGCCUUCGCCGCCGUUGUUGGGUGCUCACGGCGGCGGCGUUGCCGGUGGGACGAAGAGGGGGAGGGAGGAGAUGAUACCGGAACCGGUGCUGAGGUACUACCGGGGUUCCGCUGCGGAGUUCGGGAGCUCCCCGGCCUCCGGGGAGUCAUCAACGAUUAGGACAGCAACAGAGCAUAGCCCUCACAGCCUCCCAACCACCACCCGGUCCCCUGCUCCCCCAACCCUUGCUUCGACAACAGAGGAGCCCUUCCCUUCCACCUACGCCGGGCCAGAGCGAGGGCAGAGGCGGCGGUACCGCGGAGUCCGGCAGCGCCCAUGGGGCAAAUGGGCAGCAGAAAUCAGAGACCCACACAAGGCGGCCCGUGUAUGGCUCGGCACCUUCGAUACCGCAGAGGACGCUGCCCGGGCCUAUGACGAAGCGGCCCUCCGUUUCAGAGGAAACAGAGCCAAGCUGAACUUCCCCGAGGAUGUCCACCUUCGACCAGCGGCACCCAUCUCUCCGGCAACUCAAUUGCCGGUUCCCGGCCCUCAGCCAGCGACUCUCUUGGAGUCGCAGCCAUUUUCUGGGCUUUCUGGGCUUCAAGCUUCCAGUGCCUCGAGCGACUACUUGGAGUACUCAAGGCUCCUACAGGGGACAGGGGAGUAUCAGCGGAUUCCUCCCACGGCCCUUUGGCAUCAAAUGAUGUACUCCGGAUCUUCUACGGCUCAUCUUUCUUCUCUGGCUUCUCAUUAUUUGGCGACUUCCUCUGUUUCUCCCUCCUCGGCUUCUUCUUCCUCCUCCUCUUCUGGUUUCCCCCUGCUUUAUCCUUCAGGAGAAACAGAGCAGCAGAUGGGCUAUCUCCCGCAGCCGGGAAGUAGGACUGGGGGGAGUGGACCGGUCUUUCCAGCGCCAUAUUGGACGAGUUCUAGCCGUUAUCCGCCGUCUUCUUCGGGAUAGCGGUGGAUCGUUGGAACUGGAGCUCACCGCCCCAUUGAUCUUGUCUCGUUGAUACCAUUCCGAUACUCCAGUUUUUGUUUUCUUUGUUACUUGUCCACUUUAUUUUGCAUGCUGUCGUAUUACUUUUCGAGAGAUUAGGAAGACCAGAGGAAAUUAAUUUCGUCCAAUUCUUGCAUUCCCAAGCUUGCUUUAGAUUAGCUGAGAAUUCAAAUAAACACGCUCCUUGUUUGCACUGCAUAUCAGCAGGUGCGUAUAAGAAGAAUUUUAUGGAUGACCAUGCAUUCUGUCAAGUAAUAUUAUUCAUUGCAGAAUUAUUAAACUACGAGUACACUUUCUAC